AUGGCGAAGAGCGACGCGUCCCCCUCGACCCUCAACGUCACCUCCUACUUGAAGGCAGCUGCCUCUUUUGAGCGCGAGAAUGAAGGUCUCCGCCGCCAGGUCGCAGGUGCCCUCGCCACCACGGUCCCUGGCUGGGCCAACGUCGCGCUGGACGACAUUGCCAUCACACAUUUGAGCGGUGCUAUGACCAACGUCAUCUUUGCGUGCGAGAAGCCAACACCGCCAAACAAGAAGGUCCUCCUGCGCGUCUAUGGCCCUGGCACGGAUGCCUUCUUCUCCCGCGGCGAGGAAACCCUUGUCUUCCAGCAGCUCUCGGAGCGCGAAAUGGGCGUUGGGCUUCUCGGCGAAUUCGGGAACGGUCGCUUCGAGACAAUGAUCGACGGCGCCACGUGCACGGCCGCCGACAUCCGCGACCCGCUCAUCUCGACCAAGAUUGCGCGCAAGCUCCGCGCCUUCCACGACGUCAACGUCGACAUUGACUGCCGCCCACGCAUCCUCAAGAACAUCCACAAACUCUUCCGCGACGCCAAGUCCAAGGUCGCUGCCUCCGCUACGAUCGCAGUCGACUUUGACGCGUUCGGUCAUGAUAUUGCGACGCUCGAGACGAUGCUGGCGGCUGUGCCGUCGCCGAUCGUGUUUUGCCACAACGACCUGCAGUACGGCAACAUCAUGCUCUCGAGCAAGACGGACGACGUGGUCUUUAUCGAUUUCGAGUACAGCCACUACAACCCGCGCGGGUACGACCUCGGCAACCACUUUAGCGAGUGGUGCUACAACUACCACGGCGAGACGCCGCACCUCGGCGACUUUGCGACGUACCCGAGCGUGGACGAGCAGCGGGCGUUCUGCCGCGCGUACUUGGAAGCGGACGGCGCGCCGACCGAGGCGGACGUGGAGUCGCUGCGGAAUGAAGCCAACACGUAUGCGCUGGCGACGCACCUGUUUUGGUCGUUGUGGGGCUUUAUCCAGGCGACGCAGUCGACGAUCGACUUUGACUUUGAAGCGUACGCCAAGUGUCGCUGGGCGGCGUUCCAGACCCGAGCAACGCUGCGUGUCGAAUAG